GAGGCAUCCCCUGGGACCUGGAGAGCCCUCCCGUGUGCCUGCCUGUGGGGCCGGGACCUGUCCGCGCCCUGCUGAGCCUGGAGGAGGCCGUGUGGGCCAGCUGUGGGCCCCGGGUCACCGUCCUGGACGCCACCAGCUUGCAGACUCAGCAAAGCUUCGAGGCGCACCAGGACGAAGCCGUGAGCGUCACGCACAUGGUGAAGGCGGGCAGCGGCGUCUGGAUGGCCUUCUCCUCUGGCUCCUCCAUCCGCCUCUUCCACACCGAGACGCUGGAGCAUCUGCAGGAGAUCAACAUCGCUACCAGGACCACCUUCCUGCUCCCAGGCCAGAAGCAGCUGUGUGUCACCAGCCUCCUGAUCUGUCACGGUCUGCUCUGGGUGGGCACCGACCAGGGCGCCAUCGUGCUGCUGCCGGUACCUCGGCUGGAAGGCAUCCCCAAGAUCACAGGGAAAGGCAUGGUGUCACUCAACGGGCACUGUGGGCCCGUGGCCUUCCUGGCUGUGGCCACCAGCAUCUUGGCCCCGGAUAUCCUGCGGAGUGACCAGGAGGAGGCUGAGGGGCAGCAGGCCGAGGAGGACAAGCCAGACGGGCCGGCUCCUGAGCCGGCGCCGGUGCCCGCGAGCCACGUGGGCGGGGAGCUGACCCGCAAGAAGGGCAUCCUUCUGCAGUACCGCCUGCGCUCCACCUCCCACCUCCCGGGCCCGCUGCUGUCCGUGCGGGAGCCAGAGCCUGCAGACGGCUCGGCCCUGGAGCACAGUGAGGAGGACGGCUCCAUCUACGAGAUGGUGGACGACCCCGACGUCUGGGUGCGCAACCGGCCCUGUGCCCGUGACGCCCACCGCAAGGAGAUCUGCUCCGUGGCCAUCAUCUCUGGAGGGCGCGGCUACCGAAACUUUGGCAGCGCCGCCGGCAGCCCCGGGAGGCCGGCCCCGUGUGGGGAGACGGACAGCACCCUCCUCAUCUGGCAGGCGCCCUUGAUGCUGUAGCCCCACCCAGGCCUCGCGGUAGCCCCGCCCAGGUCGCCGUAGCCCCGCCCAGGUCACCGUAGCUCCGCCCAGGCCACGCAGCGGCAGGCCUGGCUGCCGCCCUCAGCCUGCAGACUCAGCCUGCAGUGGGCCCUUCCGGCGGUCCGGGGUCCCCAGGGAGCACUGGGUGGCCUCGCCCUCAGGGGCCUAAACGGGGCCAUGAGGACGGGCCUGGAACUCUGCCAUGUACCUGAGCAGAGCAGAGGGAAACCUCUUCCUUUUUAAGGAAAAAACAAUUUCAGUGUUUAGGGGAGUGGUUUGGGUUUGGGGAAACAGAGGACACCUCCGGAGGAGAUGGCCUUCUUUUUAAAAGCAAAAACACAAGCAAAACACACAACCUCACAGCUGCCUGGCAAGCCCAGCGCCUCUUGUCUGGGCCCAAGCGGGGCUCAUGGGCGGCCACACGCCCCUCCUGGAAGGGUGCGUGCGUGUGAGUGUAUGAGAGCGUGUGGGCUGGUGUGUGGAUAUGUAUAAAUACGUAUAUAUGGUGUAUACUAUAUGUGUAUAAAUGGAGUCUGUACAUAUUGGAGCUCUGGGAGAUGCUGGAAUAAAAGGCAAGAAAAAUGGCAGUG